UUUUUCCAUUGCCACUCAUAUCAUCUUUUCCACUUUUUCCCUAUCACUUCAGUGGUUCAGUUAGUUAGCCUCUCUACACUCUCAUGCUUCCCCUGUCCCCUCUUCUUUCUCUCUCCAUUCUCUCUCCUUUAUUCACGCCCUCAAUUCUCAUUUCUCAACCAUCUUCUAACUUUUCUCAAUUGUCCAAAACAUCAUACCAUAACUAAGUAGUAACAUUCACAAACAAAAACCCUUCAUUUCACCAAUUUUUCAACUCUUGCUCUGUUUCCAGAACACUCUUCAAAUCCAUAAACAAUGACAGAAUUUUGUUUCCAGAGCACCAAUUCCACCACCAAAAACAACAAAAACACCAAAAAUAAGAACAAAAAAUUCUCUAUUUGCUCCUUUAUUUUCUCUCAUCCACUCUACUUCUCUUACUUGAUCUUUUUUUCUCCUUACCUCUUGAAGCUCCUAUCUUUUCUCUCUCCUCUGUUCUUCACCACUUCUCUUCUCUUUCUCUCUCUCCUCACUACUCUCAUUCCACUCCGUUCCAUCAUAAACUCCAAAGAGGGUUUCUUUCUCACUGCUUACAACACUCUCUUGGAGAAUUCGCACCCGAUAUCGGAAGACGAAGAGGGAAAACUGCAACAGGUUGAAGAGUUUGAAGUUUAUAAGGCUGUCUUUGAAAUACCCACAAUUGAGGUGAUAGCAGAAAACCCAGUUGACAAUGAGACAAUUCAAGAAAACCCAGUUGAGAUUGAGAAGAUUCAAGAGAACCCACUUGAUUCUUUUGUGGAAAAAGUUAUUAUUCAUCAAGUGGGUAGUACUAGUAAAGGAACAGGUGAUGAGUGUGAAAAUUUGACUAUGGAGCAAAAAAAAGUGGACACAAAACCCAAGAAAAAAGAGUCAAAUGUAACAAGAAUCGAAUCCAAGGCAAAUGAGGUAUAUAAUAAAACACCAAAAAGUGGAAAUUUGAAGCUUAAUAAUGGUGAAAAGUUCAGUGAGGCAUUUUCACAAACAUUUGGUGGGCAACAAAAUAUGGGGAGUUUUGGGUCGAUGAGGAAGGAGAAAGAGUGGAGAAGAACUUUGGCAUGUAAGCUCUUUGAAGAGAGACAUAAUGGAAGCAAUAAUAAUGUAAAUGUUAAUGGUGGAAAAAGUGAAGAAGGGAUGGAUUUGUUAUGGGAAACUCAUGAAACAGAGUCUUACAAAGUAAAGCCAAAAGAAGAAGAGAGUAAGAAGGGGAAGAGGAGAGAGAAAAUUGAGGAUUUAAUGGUGGUAAAUGAUGAUGAAGAGUAUUAUGAUGAUCAUGGGAAAUUUUGUUGUUUACAAGCUUUGAAAUUGUCGGCUGGGAAGAUGAAUUUAAAUAUGGGUUCAAGAAUUUCCAAGGCUUUCAAGGGGAUUGGAUUGUUGCAGAAUCAUGUUAAAAAGCAAGGGAAAAAAGGGUACAAAUAAUUUUUUAUUUUAUUUUUUUGAUCUUUCUAAUAUUUUUUUUCUUAUGUAAUGUUGAUUUUGGGUUGUAGUAAAUAAAUGUACUAAUUAUUAAGAUUAUUAUGAAAUUAUCCUCUCCAAAAAAAAUAAAAAAGUAAAUAUGUUUGUUCUUGUUAAAAAGGUAUGUGCUUUAAUCUUCUUCU